AUGACUUUAAACCGAAGAUGGAAAUCAGAGUCUACAAACCAGAUGCAUAAUGUUACCCUACCCAAAGUAUCAGCAACUUCGUACGUUAUCAAUCCCACGGUUUUAAAGUUUAAUAAUGCAUCCAUUCCAAAAGUAUCUGCUAGAGUCGAAUCCAUAUCAACCACUUUUGCUAUAGAUCUCGUCAAACCAAAGAGAUUCGCCAAUGCAAGGCAAUGUUCAGGUCAAAAGUGCAACAGUAUGGAUUUCUAUCCCACUGCAAGCGAUGACCAUGAUGGUUAUGCGAUUAAAAAUCAAACGUAUCCGUUUUUAUUUAAUGGCAUUUCAGCACAUUGCUCAUGUCAGUCUGGAUCAAAAUGCCUGCCUUUGACCUGUAUCCACUCAAACCCAAUUCAAAUCUCGAAAAAUAGUAACAGUAUAGAACAGCCUCGACAAGUCAAGUCAGACCAAGCAAAAGCAUUCAAAGAUUGUCCAAGUGUGCAAGAUACGGUGUUGGACAAAGUGCCCUAUGAGUUGAUGCUGAUCGACAGUAGUAUUUUUACAAGCGAUUUAGAACCAUGGGAUAAGAUUGACAGCGAAUCUCCACUAUACGCAAAUGCUACCAAAGGUCCUGAUUACAUACGCGAGCAUUCAAAACCUCUUAAACCAUAUCAGGUCCAAAAAAGAGCUCGCCGAGUGCGCAAGACAAUGGUUUGUAGUGAAUUGGGCGAGGAGGAAUGUGAGCAGGUCUUACACUCUUCACCUGAUUGCAAUGAAGGAGUCAAAUCAGUAAAUUCAAUUGUUCACAAGUCGCAAAAUGAGUCCAUCCCAUCCGACAAACCUUCAAUUAUUAGGUUUCCAAAAUCGCCUUCGCUCAUAUGGCCAUUAACUGUGCCUGCUACAACUCAAUCCCCACCAUCUGUCAAAAAUCCUGAUCAAGACUUUUGCAAGAUAGCAAAACUGCCAAACAUAUCACUCACAGCUACAGUCCCUAUUUGCACUUUACCCAUUAUUGCAAAAGAGUCACAACCCAGCUAUAUAUCCAAAACCGACUCACCAUCAAAACCAGAUCUCGAUCCAAUCCUGAGUAUCAACAAGUGCAAUACACGCAAUAGUCCAAAACAGAAAAAAUUGUUUGAUAUGCUAGAUCGAAUGAUGAUUCAAGCACGAGACAUGACAAAAUUUCUCGACUCAAAUCAACGUUUGAAGCCAUCGCAUGGUAUAAUGCAAAGAUACAUGGAGAUUGAAUCAACCAUGCUGUUACCAAAACGGCUUUCCAAAAGCUUGGAUUCUACGUCUGUUGAUGAAUUGGCAAAGCAAGAUGAACAUAGUCGGGUAAAGCUUCCACAAAUCGGUAAAACUAAACAAAAACCACCGAUCCCAAAUGAUCACGAACAGAAAAACACAGAGUUGAUUAAAAAUAAAUCAUCCGCGUCGAAUGCAAAGCCUAAUAGCUUAACUAUUUAUACACCAUCUAAUUCAUGGUCGGUCGAUUCUUGGAAAAAGCAGCGCAUUUCUGCUACAGAAACUGUAAACGAAACAAAAAAAUCGAUGCCAGAUAUUUCUAGAAGUCCUAUUUGCUUGAAUCGACCAAAAAAACCAAAACGCUUUAGCAGAGAUCAUCUUCCUAACAUUGGAUUGGUAAGUGCAAACUCGACUCGAACGUUACCACAAUAUCAAUCCAGUGCUCUAUAUAGUCAGAUGAGUCAUAUAGACCAAAAUAUGUCGAGUUCAACAAACGGACAUCACCGCUCAUCAGCUGCGUUUUAUAAACAACCUCUACAAACAACAUCGGAGCGAAUACUUUCUGGAAUCCAAUCCAACAGUGAUAUUCGCUAUACUGACAAAUCUUUUAGACACACAGCAAGACAAAGAAACACUUUAAAUGCAAAACAACUUCAAAGAUCGCUUGCCAAUAAAUCGGGGAUUAUUUCUGCACCACCAAAAUGGAGUAACCCAGCGGGUCAUUUGUGA